AUUGGGGUGUUAGGAGUGGUUUUGGGAUGGUAUUUGGGGUGGUAUUGGGAUGGUGUGCACCGUGCUGCCCGUGCCCCCUCUGUCCGUGCGUCCUGCCGUCGUCAUGCAGGGCUCGGCCCGGAAUCAGGACGACCUGACCCACAAAUUGGCCGACAUCGUCAAGAUCAACAACCAACUGCGGCGCAACGAGCAGAACGGGGCGGCYGCGCACGUCAUCGCCGAGGACGUCAAACUGCUGCAGUUCCACGUGGCCACCAUGGUGGACAACGAGCUGCCCGGCCUGCCCAGGGUAUGGGGAAGGGUCACUCGGGGGUUUUUGGG